UUUUCCCGAACCUAGAGGUGGACUUGGAGAAACAAGCCUCAGGCGGGGCAUGACUGUGAAGACGCACGCCUUGGAAUGUCCCCUGGCUCCCGGAUUCUAGACAACUGUCCGCAGGCAAAAGAGGUCUUCCGUAGCCCGCGACAGCCUGACACAUGGCACUUUGGGACUGUGCUCUCUGAUGACAGCGCGUUCGGUUUCUGACAAAGCCUCUCUCGAGCACGCUGUCUCCGGAGGGGAGUCCUGAGGCCAAGUCAAAGCCGCCUGAAAGUGAGGCUCUGCCGCGGGCUGGCACCGGGGGCUCCGCUCGGCAGCAUGGCAUCGGCUGGGCACCUCGUGCCCUUGCUCCUGUGCGUCGCGCUCCUGCAGCUCUGGACCGCGGGACACACGGCGGAUACCACUCACCCUCGCUUAAGACUGUCACACAAAGAGCUCUUGGAUCUAAACAGAACAUCAGUCUUUCGUAGCCCAUUUGGAUUUCUUGAUCUCCACACAAUGUUGCUAGAUGAAUACCAAGAGAGACUCUUCGUGGGAGGCAAAGACCUUGUGUAUUCCCUCAGCUUGGAACAAAUCAGCAAUGACUAUAGAGAGAUACACUGGCCUACCACAGCACUAAAAAUUGAAGAAUGCAUAAUGAAAGGAAAAGAUGCAAGUGAAUGUGCAAAUUAUGUUAGAGUCUUGCAUCACUAUAACAGGACUCACCUCCUGACCUGUGGUACUGGAGCUUUUGACCCACACUGUGCCUUUAUCAGGGUUGGCUAUCAUUUGGAGGACCCCCUGUUUCACCUGGAGUCACACAGAUCUGAGAGAGGAAGGGGCAGAUGUCCUUUUGAUCCCAGUUCUUCCUUCAUCUCCACAUUGAUUGGUAGUGAAUUGUUUACUGGGCUCUAUAGUGACUACUGGAGCAGAGAUGCUGCGAUCUUCCGGAGCAUGGGACGACUGGCGCAUAUUCGCACUGAGCAUGACGAUGAGCGCUUGUUGAAAGAACCAAAAUUUGUGGGUUCAUAUAUGAUCCCUGACAAUGAAGAUAGAGAUGACAACAAAGUGUAUUUCUUUUUUACUGAGAAGGCUCUGGAGGCAGAAAACAAUGCCCACGCAAUUUACACCCGAGUUGGGCGACUUUGUGUGAAUGAUGUAGGUGGACAAAGAAUACUGGUGAAUAAGUGGAGCACUUUUCUAAAAGCGAGAUUGGUUUGCUCUGUACCAGGAAUGAAUGGAAUUGACACGUAUUUUGAUGAAUUAGAGGAUGUUUUUUUGCUGCAUACCAGAGAUCAUAAGAACCCAGUGAUAUUUGGACUCUUUAACACUACCAGUAAUAUAUUUCGAGGCCAUGCUAUAUGUGUCUAUCAUAUGUCUAGCAUACGAGCAGCUUUUAAUGGACCAUAUGCUCACAAAGAAGGACCUGAGUACCACUGGUCACUCUAUGAAGGAAAAGUCCCUUAUCCAAGGCCUGGUUCUUGUGCCAGCAAAGUAAAUGGAGGGAGGUAUGCAACCACUAAAGACUAUCCUGAUGAUGCCAUUCGAUUUGCCAGAAGUCAUCCACUUAUGUACGAGCCCAUAAAACCUGCCCAUAAAAAACCAAUACUCGUGAAAACAGAUGGAAAAUAUAACCUGAAACAGAUAGCAGUGGAUCGAGUGGAAGCUGAGGAUGGCCAAUAUGAUGUCUUGUUUAUUGGGACUGAUAAUGGUAUUGUGCUAAAGGUAAUCACAAUUUACAACCAAGAAACAGAAUCAAUGGAAGAAGUUAUCCUUGAAGAACUUCAAAUUUUCAAGGAUCCAGUUCCUGUUAUUUCUAUGGAGAUUUCUUCAAAGAGACAACAACUGUAUGUUGGCUCGGCUUCUGCUGUGGCUCAAGUCAGAUUCCAUCAAUGUGACAUGUAUGGAAGUGCUUGUGCCGAUUGCUGCCUGGCUAGAGAUCCUUACUGCGCCUGGGAUGGUAUCUCCUGUUCUAGAUAUUACCCAACAGGAACACAUGCAAAAAGGCGGUUCCGCAGACAAGAUGUUCGGCAUGGAAAUGCAGCUCAGCAAUGCUUUGGACAGCAGUUCGCUGGGGAUGCUUUGGAUAAGACAGAAGAGAGACUGGCCUAUGGCAUAGAGAACAACAGUACUUUGCUGGAAUGUACUCCACGAUCUUUACAAGCAAAAGUCAUCUGGUUUGUUCAGAAAGGACGUGACACAAGAAAAGAGGAGGUGAAGACAGAUGACAGAGUGGUUAAGAUGGACCUUGGUUUGCUCUUCCUAAGGGUACGGAAAAUGGACGCUGGGAUCUACUUCUGCCAAACAGUAGAGCAUAGUUUUGUCCACACCAUCCGUAAAAUCACCCUGGAGGUCGUGGAAGAGGAGCGAGUGGAGGAAAUGUUUAACAAAGACUACGAAGAGGAUGGACCUCACAAGAUGCCUUGUCCUGCCCAGAGCAGCAUCCCACCGGGAGCAAAACCAUGGUAUAAGGAAUUUCUGCAGCUUAUUGGUUAUAGCAACUUCCAAAGAGUAGAAGAAUACUGUGAAAAAGUAUGGUGCACAGAUAAAAAGAGGAAAAAGCUUAAAAUGUCACCUUCUAAGUGGAAGUACGCCAACCCCAAAGAAAAGAAGCUCCGAGCCAAGGCAGAGCACUAUCGCCUGCCCAGACACACGCUGAGGGCCUGAUGGGUGGAAACGUCUAUUGGCUUCUGAAGGAUUUGUAUUUGGAAACAAAAAAUCAUCAAACUUAUCUGCAUUACUUAAAAUAUAUUUCUGUAAUACAGAAAUGACUAUAAAUGUGUUAUGAUAAAUUAUUCUAUAUACUCAUUUGACUGGCUAACUCAUAUAAAAUUAAUUUUUUAAACAAGUAUUCUGCUCAAUGAUUUCCCAUUAGAUUCACGGAAAAAUGUACAUUGAUGUCGUUUUUAGUACUUGGUUUAUUUUCCAUGGCAAUUAUUAUUUUACCCUUGGAUGAAAAUAUGAUUUCAAUGCUGUAGAAAAUGUAAAGACUUAAUCAUUAUAGGAAAAAAAAAUUAAAUGUUUUUAUUUCUCAGAGUUUUGCCUUUCAACCAUAAUAUAAUUUAUGUGGAAUAUCAGAUAUUUUGUCACUCCCAUAUUAUCUCUAUGUACUUUUACAGAUACUGAUUGGUGUUGUCUAAGCCUCUGAAUUUUAUGAAGCAGGUGUUUUUUAGUUUCUACAAACCAUGAAAGAAGUGUGGUCAAAUUGAGGCUUAUGCCUUUCAUAAAACAUUUAUUAAAUUACAUUCACAAUAUGUAAUUAUGGUUCAUAAUGAAAACACACACCCUUCAAAUUUUUCUCCAGUGUGGUAUCAAUAAAUUAAAGUAACUUCUCAGAAACAUAUAUGAAUGGCAAAACAAAACAGAUGGUUAGCCUUAGA